GUUAUCCAAACUUUUCCCCUAUAAAUACCUCUCAAUUCCACCCUCUGCCCUUUCAAGCUCUCAUUUCCCCCCCUCUUAUUCUCUCCAUCCUCAUAUAUAACCCUCAGCUAAUUAAUUUGGUCAUGGGGUCUUCUUGGUUUAACCAAACUCCGAUCAAUCUCGACCUCAACAUUGGCCCUCAGCAUCGAAGGAAUCCGCUAAUGAAGGAGGAGACCGGCUCAUUGCCCCUCGCAGGCAAAACGAGCUCGCCAAGAGAAGAGCUCGAGGCGAAGUUAGAGCGUAUGAGCGAGGAGAACGAGAGGCUGAAGGAGAAGCUCGCGUCAAUGCAAGCGAGCUACGCUCUCCUGCAAAACAAGCUCGUCGAUGUGAUGGCCACGUCGUCGUCGGAGGUGGCGGGCCCGCCGUCGCCGACGAAAAAGAGGAAGGGCGACGAUAGCGCUGAGAUGAGCGACGAUUCCUGCAAGAGGCUAAGAGAAGAGGCCCGACCGAUGAUCUCUAAGCUCUGCGUUCGGACCGAUCCGUCGGACCCUAGCUUGGUGGUUAAAGAUGGGUAUCAAUGGAGGAAAUACGGACAAAAGGUGACUAAAGAUAAUCCGUGUCCAAGAGCUUACUUUAGAUGUUCCUUUGCCCCUGCUUGCCCUGUGAAAAAGAAGGUUCAGAGGAGUGCUGAAGACAGGUCAAUGUUGGUCGCCACCUACGAGGGAGAACACACGCAUCCCGGAUCGUCGUCGCAAAUCGAGCCACCCAACGGGGACGGACUAACUAAGCUCGGCCGCCUCGGCCCACCCCUCACCUCAGGUCCGGCCAUCACCCUCGACUUGAGCCGACCACGGCCGCAACGGAAUCAGGACCGAAGUAGCCCGGAGGUGCAGUUCGCUGACCAUCAGAGGAAAUUGGCUGAGAAAAUGGCCAUAUCAUUGUCUAAAGAUCCCAGUUUCACUGCCGCGUUGGCUAGUGCAAUCUCCGGGAAAUUUCUUAGGUUUUCGCCGGAUAGUUGCUGACAGGAGAUUAGCGAACCAUUUUGUGAUUUUAUUUUUUAAAUUGUUGAAAGAUUUCUAGCUUGGGAAAUUAAUUUGAUUGGAACAAGAAUUUCCAUAGA